UUUUUUUACUUGAUAUUAUCCAAUAUGGAUUGGAAAUCAUUCGAAAAAGUAUUACGUGUUAAUGUGUACUUUGUGUGAUUAAAUUUAAUAAAAAUUUGUACAUUUAAUUUAAAAAAAAGAAAUUAUAAUAAAGAUGCGUAUUACAAAUAUAUUUUUGUAUAAAGUUCAUAAUAUCCCAUAUAGAUAUCGUGGGAAAUAUGGUAAAAUUAAAAAGCCUACUUUCAAGGAUAUAAUGGAUUUUAAAAAUGAUCUUGAAAGAGAAGAAGAAAACAUGUUAAUACUGAGACAUCCUUAUCUUACUAUCGAACAAUCAAAAGGUCAUAUGAAAGAAGUUAGAAAACAAAAUUAUCUUACUCAGUUGAAUAAAUGGCGACAAGAAACAAAUGAGAAAUUUAACAAAAAAAUAACUAUUUCAGAUCGAUUAAAUCACUUAAAAAUAGCUAAUGCAUGGGAUUAAUUUUUAUUGUAUAAAUAUAUAAUUAUUUGCUUUAAUAAAUAAAGAAUUGUAUUAAAUAAAAUUUCCAUAUAUACAAUAUGAAUAAUAUAAAA